AUGGAUUAAUCUUUUAACGAUCUCAAAUUUCAGCUAUAAUAAGAGUUAUAGAAGGAAGGGAUGGUGGAAAAUAUGAAAACAUAGCUUAGGUACAAGCUAUUAGAGAGACUUCAAAUGCAACAGAAAAAAAUUCCUUCCUCUGACAAAGUAUCAGAAAGUGAAAUGUUAUUAAAAAGAGUGUUAGCAAGUGCAGUAGCAGAUUAUUUGAGAGAGGCAAAAAUGGAUUAUUCUUUGUAGAUAUUGAUUCUAUUUUAGAUCUGUUUUUGUACCAGAAACAACAUUUGGAGCAGCAUUGUUAAAUAAGGAAGAAUUGAAAAUACUUUUGAAAAUUGAUAAUAUAAAAGGAUCAAUAUUGUAAUAAAUGUUUAGUGAUAUAUUGUUAUUGAAACCAAAGGAGCCUUUAAAAUCUAAUGCAGCAACUCAAACAUUUUAUGGGGAUGCAGUAAUAAAUUUGGAAUAGAAAUUAAGUAUGGUGGAUAAUAUGUACAAGAGUAAAAUAGAGAAUGAAUUGAUGAAACCUUAAUAUGAUAUGGAGGAACGUAUGUUAAAAAUGAAGAGAGAAUAUGAUUAACGUUUAAAAACAGAGAUUGCAACAGAGACAGCACGUAUAAGAGAAUUUGAAGCUUAACAUAUUCGUUUAGAGGAAGCUGAUAAAUAUAGAUAAAAACUAUAAGAUUAUAGAGAGGAAUUGGAGAAGAAUUUUCAGGAGAAAUUAAAUGUAUUAAGGGAAAGAGAGAAUGAUACAUUAAAGAUGUCUGCAUAGAAGACAAAAGAAUUGGAAUCAUUAAAUUAUUAAUAUAGAUAAAAGAUAUUGAAAGAACAUGAGAUGAUAAAAUUGAAAGAAUAAGAAAUAGAGAAAUAGAGAAUAGCAAAUGAGGAGAGUUUAAAAUUUUAGAAAGCAAAAUUGGAUGUAAUGGAGAGAGAUUUAUCAAAGAAAUUAGCAGAAGCAAAUGGUAAUGAGGAUGUUAUAAGAAGAAAGUAUGAAGCAUAGAUUCAUGCAGCAAAAGCAACAGCAGAGACAGAAUUUUAUGAAGAAAGAGAAUAAAUAAGAAAUAAAUUAAAAUAAUUAGAAGGUGAUCUUAGAAAUAUGGAUAAUUUAAAAAAUACAAUAAAAACAUUAUAAAGAGAAAAUGAAUAAUUAGUAGAAGAGAAUAAGAAAUAUGUAGAAUAAGUAAGAGAAGUAAAAAAGAGAAGAAAGGAAAUGGAAUAUGAAUAUGAAUAAAUGAAAGAAAAUUUAAGAGCAGUUAGUGAUGCUUAAAGAAGAGAUUAAGAAUUAUGUAGAAAAUAUGAGACUGAUAUAAGAUUAAAAGAAGAAGAAAUGACUUUAUAUAAAACAACAAUAAAUCAUAAAGAUGGAAUGUUAAAUGAUCAUAAAGUAUUAUAAUAAGAAUAGAUAAAAAAAUUAUAAAAGGAAAUAGAAUAAUAUUAAAAGAAAGUUGAAGCUUAAGAAUUAUUGAUAAAAGAUUUAUAAGUAAAAGAGAAUCAUUCUCCAAAUUUUGAUAUACAAUCAGCAUUGUUUAAAGGUAAUAUAGCAGAUUCAUAAUUGAUGUAAUAUAAUUUUUAAGAUCAUUCAAAUAAAAUGAAGCAAAUAAAUAAUGAAUUAGAUGAGAAUAGAAUGAGAAGAAGAGAAGAAAUAAAAAGAUUAUAAGAGAAUGCAGUUGUUACAUUAAAUACAGAGCCAGCAUUGAAAUUUGAUAAUGUUUGGGAUGUUUAUAAUAGUUCAGUCAAUUAUUCAUAGAUUGGAGGAUUAUAACAGAGAUCAAAAUUACAUGAUGAUUAUUAAGGAGGUAAAUUCUUUUAGACAGGAGAGGAUGCUUAAUCGUAAGUUGUUUAGAGUGGAGUAUUUUAAAAGAAAGGAGGAUAAGGUACACAUUAAUAAUAAUAAAAUAUUAUUGAAGAAACUUAUUCAGAAUUGAUGUGA